AUGGCGAGUAACAAAGUUCUCGGGGCUGCUUGUUUCUGCAUUUUGGUACAGAUACAAGUGGUUUUGUGUACAGACACUCCUGUGGUCAGAACAAACCUGGGGAGGAUUGUUGGAGACAGGGUACAGGUGGAUACUGGUGCCAGCAUGGGAAUAGUUGAUCGCUUCCUUGGGAUACCAUAUGCAAAACCCCCAGUUGGGAGACUUCGAUUUGCCAAUCCCGAGCAACAUCCCGGAUGGGGAGAAAGCAUUCGACAAGCGAAACAAUUCGGCCCCCACUGCCCGCAGCCUGACAGCUAUAUUUCCACCUACGUCAACCUAGGACGAACAAUCACCGACAUUAGACGGGACGAAGAUUGCCUGUUUUUGAACGUGUUCGUGCCACGUGGUGUUGACGUUCUACGUCAGAUGGGCGUUCCCCUGGCGAUUCUUAUCAAUUUUCACAGCGGUGCGUUCGUAGCAGGAACAGGUGCGACUUUUAAUGGAGAUAUCCUUGCACUCGAGUGUGAUGUCGUCCUCGUCUCUAUAAACUACAGACUGGGUUUUCUGGGGUUCUUCAGCACAGGGACUGACGAGGCCAGAGGAAAUUACGGCCUGUAUGACCAGCACUGGGCUAUUUAA